GCAGUAUAGCAGCCCUGCCCUGCCCGCUCUCAUCACUUAGCUCUGCUUACCCGAGGCAGACCAGAGCCGCUGGCUCCCUGCACUCAUUGUGCCAGCCAAGGACCACACAGACUGAAGUCCUCAUGCAAACAACCGUGCAGACAGAGCCAGCAAGGUCUUGUAGAAGGUAACAGACUCCAAAUAUCAAGAUGGCGGAGGAGGAUACCAGGGAACUUUUGCUACCCAACUGGAAAGGGAGUGGGACUAUGGGUCUCACCCUUGACCAAAACGAAGAAGGAGUUUUCGUUAAACAACUAGUACAGAACUCACCAGCUGCCAAGACCGGAGUUGUUCGAGAAGGUGACCAGAUUGUAGGUGCGACUGUGUACUUUGACAACAUGUCAUCAGAGGAUAUUGAAAAGCUACUGGCAAAUGUAGGGCAGCACACCGUCGGCCUCAAACUACAGAGAAAGGGGGAUCGAUCCCCUCAGCCUGGUGUGACCUAUUCACAUGACGUCUUCAGCUUGAAAAGUCCUGAUGUUGUUCUGAGUGGAGAUGAUGAAGAGUACAAACGAAUUUACACCAAAAAAAUUAAGCCACGUUUGAAGUCUGAUGAGACUCUAGAACCAGAGACCCAGACAAGGACCAUCACCGUUACAAGGAAAGUUACAGCUUAUACUGUGGAUGUGACUGGCUCAACAGACUCAAAAGAGAUUGAUAUAAGUAGCCCUGAAUACAAAAUCAAGAUUCCUCGUCAUGAAAUAACAGAGAUUUCAAAAACUAGUGUUGAGACAGAAGAGGGUAAAACCAUGAUCAAAAUUCCUGGUAUUGAUGUAUCUGGGAAAAGCUUGCAAACAAGUGGAGAGUCCAGUGUUUCCCUUCCAGGAGAUUCUUUGAAUGUUCACACCACUACUGUGAGAUACAAAGGACAAUUUGCAUUUCCUGAAGGUGAAAAUGAUGCUAAUUCUCAAGUUGGCAAACUAGCCUCUGCAGGCAUACAUGUGCCAGAUUUAAGUAUUUCUGGGCCAAAAUUCCAAAGUUAUGAAAGGAAAAUUGAUGUCAAAACAUCCAGAUUUGGGGCAGAACAUAUUGAUUUUAGAAGCCCUAAUUUUAUGGGUGCUUCUGAAGAGAUUGGACUUGAGGUAAAAACGCCUGAUCGUGAUACUUCAACAAAGUCAGCUGUGAAUAUCAAAGAAAGUCAGAGCACAACUUCUAAAAUUGGCUUCCAAACAUCCAGUACAACAGUAAAAGGUUUGCAGCUUGAUGUAAAAGCGCCCGAGAGUCUGAAAAGUGGAACCUUAAACACAAGUGUUAGAAUGCCAGAAACAGAUAUAAACAUUUCUUCUACACAAUCCCAGUUUGCCAAUGUAAGUGGAAAUAUUCAAACACCUAAAAUAGACUUACACAGUCAGGAUAAAAGUGGUAAAUCAGUAAAAAUAGCGCUCCAAGGUGAAAAUAUUAAGAUGUCAAACUUUACAUCUGUUGGACCAAAGUUAGACAGUCAGUUCAAGCUCAGUCAAUCUAGUCAAGAGGGAUUAGCAACUACUGGUGCUCAUGUGGACACCACUUCAGGAUUUGAAGGAAAAGCAAAUAUUUCUAAGGUAAAUGUGACAGGACCAAUUGUAAAUUUGAAAGGAACUGAUGUAGAGCUUGAAAACUCUGUGGGCAAGAUAAGCAUGCCUUCAUUUAAAGUGCCAAAAUUUGGUUUCUCAGAAACAAAUUACGAGACUACUCAACCUGAAUUGAAACUUCAAGGAACAAAUUUGCCAGAGGGUAAAAGCGAGACAUGGGGGGUUAAUGUACCAAAACUUUCCAUGCCAAAUGUAAGGAUAGAUACAAAAGGUCCUAGUAGGAGGAUGGGGACUGAGAUUUCAGGUAUUGAGAGUGAACAUGAUUUAAAAUUUGGUGUUAAGCGUCCAGAGGUUAGCAUUGGAACUAAAGGUGUUGGAAUUAAAGGUUCGAACGUUUCCAUUGAGGGCAAGGAGGGACCUGUAGAAAUUGCAGAUGUGGGUGGUUUGGAGGGAGGGCUAAAAAUGCCUAAAUUUUAUUUGCCUAAAUUCACCUUGUCAGAAUCAAAAGGUGGGAUUAAUCCAUCAGACCAUCAAGCUGAUAUAGUAGGUAAUUUAAAACCUCCAGCUCUAGACAUUACAGGUCAGUUUGGGAAUGUUGAAGAAGGUCAUCUAGCUAAGUCAUCUGUAAGUGUCUCUUUGCCAAAAAUAUCUGAGCCUGCUAUGAAUCUUAAUUUGAAAGGCUGUAAAGGAAUAGAUAUUUCAAAACCUAAAAUUAACAUUAUGGGUCCCACAGCUGACCUAGAUGCCACAGAUAUGAAUAUUGGUGGAAAAGUUGAAGGUUUAAAAUUUAAAGUGCCACCAGUGCAACUUCCAAAAUCUGAAACUAAACUGAAAGGUCCUACAAUAGUAGGAAAUCUGGAAAGUGUCAGUGAUAGUAUUAAAGUACCAGAAGUUGAAUUUGAAGCCCCAAAAAUUAACCUAGGAUCUCCAGAAAGUAAGCUUAGUAUGCCCACAUUUAAAAUGCCAAAGUUUGGGAUUUCUGAGUCAAACUUGGAUGGAAGACGUGUUGAUGUAGACCUACCCAAACUGGAUGUAAGUACCAUUGAUGACAAAAUAGAUGUUGAUAGCUCUAAACUUAAUACACAAUCUGUAAAUAUCAGUUUAUCAAAGGUGUCUGUACCUGAGGUUGAUCUUAAUGUUAAAGGUCCUAAAUUUGAAGAUGCAAAAGGUCAAAAAGUUGAUAUUAAGACCCCAGAAGUAGACCUUCAAGCCCCAGAUGUAGAACUUCAUGGUAAAGUAAUAGGUCCCAAAAGCAAGAUGACUACAGUAAUUCUCCCAAAAAUACCCAUGCCUGAUUUUGACAUUAAUCUGAAAGGUCCAAAAGUUGAAGAUGUAAAAGGCCCUAAAGUUGAUAUUAAGGCACCUGAGGUAGAUCUUCCGAAAAUGCGUAUGCCUGAUGUCGAUCUAAACCUAAAAGGGCCAAAGCUAGAAGGAAAUUUAAAUAUUAAGACUCAGGAAGUUGACUUAGAAUCACCUGAUAUUAUUCUGAAAGGUUCAGAAGGAAAGCUUAAGAUGCCAAAGUUUGGUUUUUCAGGACAAAAUGUUGAAGGUUCUGAAGGUGAUAUUAGUCUUCCUACAGCUAAUCUUGAUGUGUGUGGACUAGAUGUUGAAACACCUGAAGUUAAGUUGAAGGGUCCUAAAUUAGAAAUGCCCUCUAUGAAUUUUAAUCUACCAAAAAUAUCUAAGCCUGAUGUUGAUCUGAGUAUGAAAGGUCCUAAAAUUGAAGGAGAUCUAAAAGGCCCUAAAAUUGACAUUAAGGCCCCCGAAGUUGAUUUUAAAGUCCCUGAUGUAGAAGUCGAUGAUAAGGUGAAAGGUCCAAAAUUCAAGAUGGCAUCAGUAUCUGUACCAAAAAUGACUAUGCCAGAAUAUGACAUCAAUUUAAAAGGUUCUAAGUUGGAAGGGGACAUCAAGGGUCCAAAAAUUGACAUGAAGGGGCCUAAGGUGGACCUUAAUGCUCCUGAAGUAGACACAGAUGGGAAAGUAAAAGGUUCAAAAUUGAAAAUGCCUUCAGUUAAUUUUCCCAAAGUUUCUAUGCCUGAUGUUGAUUUGAAUAUGAGAGGCCCAAACUGGAAAGGAGGGGCAGAUAUUUUGUUACCCAAAGCAGAAGGAGAGGUUAAAGGUCUUAAUUUUGACUUAAAGGGUCCAGAGUUUAAUGCAGAUAUGACAGGUGUUGAUGUAGAAGGUCCAGAAGGAAAAGUGAGAAUUCCCAAAUUUAAAAUGCCAAAGUUUGGAUUUUCAGGAUCUAGUGUUGAAUCUACUGGACUGGAUGUUGAUAUUCCUAAAGCUGAUCUUGAUUUGUCUGAACCAGAAUUAGAUGUCUCUGGCCCUGAUUUUAAAGUAAAAGGCUCCAAAUUUAAAAUGCCCUCAAUAAAUUUCAAUCGGCCCAAGUUAUCUAAGCCCGAGCUAACUGUGAAAGGGCCGAAGAUUGAAGGAGAUGUGACAAUUCCUAAAGUUGACAUUAAGGCACCAGAGGUAGACAUAGAAGGCCCAGAUGUAAACCUUGAUGGUAAAGUAAAAGGUCCAAAAUUCAGGAUGCCCUCUGCAAAUCUUCCCGAAAUGUCCAUGCCUGAUUUUGACAUUAAUCUUAAAGGUGCUAAAGUUGAAGGAGAUGUAAAAGGCCCUAAAGUUGAAAUGAAGGCACCAGAGGUAGACAUAGGAGGCCCAGAUGUAAACCUUGAUGGUAAAGUAAAAGGGCCAAAAUUCAGGAUGCCCUCUGCAAAUUUUCCCAAAAUGUCCAUGCCUGAUUUUGACAUUAAUCUUAAAGGUCCUAAAGUUGAAGGAGAUGUAAAAUGCCCUAAAGUUGAAAUAAAGGCACCAGAGGUAGACCUAGAAGCCCCAGAUGUAGAUCUUGAUGGUAAAGUAAAAGGUCCAAAAUUCAGGAUGCCCUCUGCAAAUUUUCCCAAAAUGUCCAUGCCUGAUUUUGACAUUAAUCUUAAAGGUCCUAAAGUUGAAGGAGAUGUAAAAUGCCCUAAAGUUGAAAUAAAGGCACCAGAGGUAGACCUAGAAGCCCCAGAUGUAGAUCUUGAUGGUAAAGUAAAAGGUCCAAAAUUCAGGAUGCCCUCUGCAAAUUUUCCCAAAAUGUCCAUGCCUGAUUUUGACAUUAAUCUUAAAGGUCCUAAAGUUGAAGGAGAUGUAAAAUGCCCUAAAGUUGAAAUGAAGGCACCAGAGGUAGACCUAGAAGCCCCAGAUGUAAACCUUGAUGGCAAAGUAAAAGGUCCAAAAUUCAGGAUGCCCUCUGCAAAUUUUCCCAAAAUGUCCAUGCCUGAUUUUGACAUUAAUCUUAAAGGUCCUAAAGUUGAAGGAGAUGUAAAAUGCCCUAAAGUUGAAAUGAAGGCACCAGAGGUAGACCUAGAAGCCCCAGAUGUAAACCUUGAUGGCAAAGUAAAAGGUCCAAAAUUCAGGAUGCCCUCUGCAAAUUUUCCCAAAAUGUCCAUGCCGGAUUUUGACAUUAAUCUUAAAGGUCCUAAAGUUGAAGGAGAUGUAAAAUGCCCUAAAGUUGAAAUGAAGGCACCAGAGGUAGACCUAGAAGCCCCAGAUGUAAACCUUGAUGGCAAAGUAAAAGGUCCAAAAUUCAGGAUGCCCUCUGCAAAUUUUCCCAAAAUGUCCAUGCCUGAUUUUAACAUUAAUCUUAAAGGUCCUAAAGUUGAAGGAGAUGUAAAAUGCCCUAAAGUUGAAAUAAAGGCACCAGAGGUAGACCUAGAAGCCCCAGAUGUAGAUCUUGAUGGUAAAGUAAAAGGUCCAAAAUUCAGGAUGCCCUCUGCAAAUUUUCCCAAAAUGUCCAUGCCUGAUUUUGACAUUAAUCUUAAAGGUCCUAAAGUUGAAGGAGAUGUAAAAUGCCCUAAAGUUGAAAUAAAGGCACCAGAGGUAGACCUAGAAGCCCCAGAUGUAGAUCUUGAUGGUAAAGUAAAAGGUCCAAAAUUCAGGAUGCCCUCUGCAAAUUUUCCCAAAAUGUCCAUGCCUGAUUUUGACAUUAAUCUUAAAGGUCCUAAAGUUGAAGGAGAUGUAAAAUGCCCUAAAGUUGAAAUGAAGGCACCAGAGGUAGACCUAGAAGCCCCAGAUGUAAACCUUGAUGGUAAAGUAAAAGGUCCAAAAUUCAGGAUGCCCUCUGCAAAUCUUCCAAAUAUGUCCAUGCCUGAUGUUGAUUUAAAUUUGAAAGGUCCAAACUGGAAAGGAAAAACUGAUUAUGAAUUUCCCAAAGUAGAAGGGGGGGUAAAGGGUCCAGAGAUUGAUAUAGGAAUGCCUGACAUUGAUAGUCCAGAAGGAAAACUAAAAAUGCCUAAAUUUAAAAUGCCAAAGUUUGGAUUUUCUGGGCCACAUGUUGAAGGCUCAGGCGAUAUUGAUCUUGAUAUUAGUUUACCUAAAAUGUCUAUGCCAGAUGUGGAUAUGAAUAUAAAAGGCCCUAAGUGGAGGGGUAGAGAAGCUGAUAUUUCUACUCCUAAUUUGGAAGUAGACCUAAAAGGGCCAGCUGUGGAUGUAAAGGCUCCAGCGGUAGAUAUUAAAGGACCUGAAGGCAAACUUAAAGCUCCUAAAAUUAAAAUGCCAAAGAUUUCUGUGCCUGAUAUUGAUCUUAAUUUAAAGGGACCCAAAAUAAAAGCAGGAGGAGAUAUUGAAUUAGGGGAUGCUGAAAUUAAACUCCCUAAAUUAGAGGGAGAUUUAAAAGGUCCAGAUUUUGACCUUGAAGUACCCAUUGGUAAUGUAGAAUUAUCUGAAGGGAAACUGAAAAUGCCAACAUUUAAAAUGCCAAAAUUUGGUUUUUCAGGCCCUUCUGCAGAGGGGUCUGGUGUAGAUGUUGACAUUUCUGGACCAAAGAUGAAUGUAAAAACACCAGAGGUAGGAGUUGAAAUCCCAGAAGGAAAGGUUAAAAGUCCUAACGUUAAAGUGCCAUCAGUUAACUUAAACCUACAGCAUGUUUCCAUGCCUGACACAGAUCUGCAUCUAAAAGGACCCAAAUUAAAAGGAGGAAUAGAUGGACCAGAUGCAAAUAUUGAGGCAGAUCUAAAAGGUCCAAAAAUUGAAAUUAAAGGUCCAGAGUUACAGGUUCCAAGCUCAUCAUUAUCUGCUGAAUUACCAGAGGGUAAAGUUAAAGGUUCUAAAUUUAAGUUACCAUCAUGGGGAUUUUCAAAACCAAGCAUAUCCAUACCUGAUGUAGAUCUUAAUUUGAAAGGGUCAAAAGUUAAAGGUGACCUAGAUAUUACAGCAAAGGGAGGAAGUCUUAAAGGACCAGAAUUAGGAGUUGGGUUGCCUGAAGUAGACAUUGAUGUACCUGACGCAAAGGUUAAAAAGUCUAAAUUCAGGCUUCCAAAGUUUAACUUUUCAGGUAGUAAAGCAGCCAGUGCAGACAUAAAGGUUCCAAAACCUGAUGUUGAGGUUAGUGGGCCUGAUGUGGACAUUCCCAAUUUGGAAGCAAAGGGUAAAGCUCAAAAAUUUAAAAUGCCAUCAUUAAACAUAACAAGCCCUAAGGUGUCAGUACCAGACGUAGAAUUGAAUUUGAAAGAACCUAAAUUUGAAGGCGAUUUGAAAGGGCCUAAAAUAGAUAUUAGAAGCCCUGAUGUAGAGGCAGCACCAGAUAUAGAUCUUGAUGGCAAAAUUAAAGGUCCGAAAUUUAAAAUGUCAUCAAUGCAGUUUCCAAAAGUGUCCAUGCCUGAUGUUGAUCUCAAUUUAAAAGGUCCUAAAAUUGAAGGCGACUUGAAAGGUCCCAAUAUUGACAUGAAAGGUCCUGAGUUAGAUAUUGAAGGUCCAGACAUUGAAUUAGAGACACCAGAUGUCAAUUUAAAAGGCUCUGAAGGAAAAUUCAAAAUGCCCAAAUUUAAAAUGCCCAAAUUUGGUAUGUCUGGGCCAAAAGUGGAAGGACUGAAUGUAGAUGUUAGCUUACCAAAAGGCAAUGUUGAUGUUUCUGGCCCAAGUGUAGAUAUUAAGCCACCUGAAAUUGACAUAGAAGGCCCGGAAGGGAAGUUGAAAGGUCCACAUUUAAAGAUGCCAAAGAUGCCAUCAAUGAAUAUCCAUGCACCCAAAUUAUCCAUGCCAGACUUUGACUUAAAUCUGAAAGGUCCAAAAGUUGAGGGAGAUUUGAAAGGACCCAAAGUUGAUAUCAAGUGCCCAGAGGUUAACCUUGAUGCCCCUGACAUAGAUGUUGAUGGAAAAGUCAAAGGGCCCAAGUUCGGACUGCCAUCAAUGCAGUUUCCAAAAAUGUCCAUGCCCAAUGUUGAUCUCAAUCUAAAAGGUCCUAAAAUUGAAGGUGACUUGAAAGGUCCCAAUAUUGACAUAAAAGGUCCUGAGUUGAAUGUUGAAGGUCCAGACGUUGAAUUAGAGACACCAGAUAUCAAUUUGAGAGGCUCUGAAGGAAAAUUCAAAAUGCCAAAAUUUAAUAUGCCAAAAUUUGGUAUGUCAGGGCCAAAAGUGGAAGGACUGGAUGUAGAUUUUAACUUACCAAAGGGCAAUGUUGAUAUUUCUGGGCCCAGUGUAGAUAUUAAGCCACCUGAAAUUGACAUAGAAGGCACGGAAGGGAAGUUGAAAGGUCCACAUUUCAAGAUGCCAAAGAUGCCAUCAAUGAAUAUCCAUGCACCCAAAUUAUCCAUGCCAGAUUUUGACUUAAAUCUGAAAGGUCCAAAAGUUGAGGGAGAUUUGAAAGGACCCAAAGUUGAUAUCGAGUGCCCAGAGGUUCACCUUGAUGCCCCUGACAUAGAUGUUGAUGGAAAAGUCAAAGGGCCCAAGAUCGGACUGCCAUCAAUGCAGUUUCCAAAAAUGUCCAUGCCCAAUGUUGAUCUCAAUCUAAAAGGUCCUAAAAUUGAAGGUGACUUGAAAGGUCCCAAUAUUGACAUAAAAGGUCCUGAGUUGAAUGUUGAAGGUCCAGACGUUGAAUUAGAGACACCAGAUAUCAAUUUGAGAGGCUCUGAAGGAAAAUUCAAAAUGCCAAAAUUUAAUAUGCCAAAAUUUGGUAUGUCAGGGCCAAAAGUGGAAGGACUGGAUGUAGAUUUUAACUUACCAAAGGGCAAUGUUGAUAUUUCUGGGCCCAGUGUAGAUAUUAAGCCACCUGAAAUUGACAUAGAAGGCCCGGAAGGGAAGUUGAAAGGUCCACAUUUCAAGAUGCCAAAGAUGCCAUCAAUGAAUAUCCAUGCACCCAAAUUAUCCAUGCCAGAUUUUGACUUAAAUCUGAAAGGUCCAAAAGUUGAGGGAGAUUUGAAAGGACCCAAAGUUGAUAUCAAGUGCCCAGAGGUUCACCUUGAUGCCCCUGACAUAGAUGUUGAUGGAAAAGUCAAAGGGCCCAAGUUCGGACUGCCAUCAAUGCAGUUUCCAAAAAUGUCCAUGCCCGAUGUUGAUCUCAAUCUAAAAGGUCCUAAAAUUGAAGGUGACUUGAAAGGUCCCAAUAUUGACAUAAAAGGUCCUGAGUUGAAUGUUGAAGGUCCAGACGUUGAAUUAGAGACACCAGAUAUCAAUUUGAGAGGCUCUGACGGAAAAUUCAAAAUGCCCAAAUUUAAUAUGCCAAAAUUUGGUAUGUCAGGGCCAAAAGUGGAAGGACUGGAUGUAGAUUUUAACUUACCAAAGGGCAAUGUUGAUAUUUCUGGGCCAAGUGUAGAUAUUAAGCCACCUGAAAUUGACAUAGAAGGCCCGGAAGGGAAGUUGAAAGGUCCACAUUUAAAGAUGCCAAAGAUGCCAUCAAUGAAUAUCCAUGCACCCAAAUUAUCCAUGCCAGACUUUGACUUAAAUCUGAAAGGUCCAAAAGUUGAGGGAGAUUUGAAAGGACCCAAAGUUGAUAUCAAGUGCCCAGAGGUUCACCUUGAUGCCCCUGACAUAGAUGUUGAUGGAAAAGUCAAAGGGCCCAAGUUCGGACUGCCAUCAAUGCAGUUUCCAAAAAUGUCCAUGCCCGAUGUUGAUCUCAAUCUAAAAGGUCCUAAAAUUGAAGGUGACUUGAAAGGUCCCAAUAUUGACAUAAAAGGUCCUGAGUUAGAUAUUGAAGGUCCAGACAUUGAAUUAGAGACACCAGAUGUCAAUUUAAAAGGCUCUGAAGGAAAAUUCAAAAUGCCCAAAUUUAAAAUGCCCAAAUUUGGUAUGUCAGGGCCAAAAGUGGAAGGACUGGAUGUAGAUUUUAACUUACCAAAGGGCAAUGUUGAUAUUUCUGGGCCAAGUGUAGAUAUUAAGCCACCUGAAAUUGACAUAGAAGGCCCGGAAGGGAAGUUGAAAGGUCCACAUUUAAAGAUGCCAAAGAUGCCAUCAAUGAAUAUCCAUGCACCCAAAUUAUCCAUGCCAGACUUUGACUUAAAUCUGAAAGGUCCAAAAGUUGAGGGAGAUUUGAAAGGACCCAAAGUUGAUAUCAAGUGCCCAGAGGUUAAUCUUGAUGCCCCUGACAUAGAUGUUGAUGGAAAAGUCAAAGGUCCCAAGUUCGGACUGCCAUCAAUGCAGUUUCCAAAAAUGUCCAUGCCCAAUGUUGAUUUCAAUCUAAAAGGUCCUAAAAUUGAAGGUGACUUGAAAGGUCCCAAUAUUGACAUAAAAGGUCCUGAUUUGAAUGUUGAAGGUCCAGACGUUGAAUUAGAGACACCAGAUAUCAAUUUGAGAGGCUCUGAAGGAAAAUUCAAAAUGCCCAAAUUUAAUAUGCCAAAAUUUGGUAUGUCAGGGCCAAAAGUGGAAGGACUGGAUGUAGAUUUUAAUUUACCAAAGGGCAAUGUUGAUAUUUCUGGGCCAAGUGUAGAUAUUAAGCCACCUGAAAUUGACAUAGAAGGCCCGGAAGGGAAGUUGAAAGGUCCACAUUUCAAGAUGCCAAAGAUGCCAUCAAUGAAUAUCCAUGGACCCAAAUUAUCCAUGCCAGACUUUGACUUAAAUCUGAAAGGUCCAAAAGUUGAGGGAGAUUUGAAAGGACCCAAAGUUGAUAUCAAGUGCCCAGAGGUUCACCUUGAUGCCCCUGACAUAGAUGUUGAUGGAAAAGUCAAAGGGCCCAAGUUCGGACUGCCAUCAAUGCAGUUUCCAAAAAUGUCCAUGCCCAAUGUUGAUCUCAAUCUAAAAGGUCCUAAAAUUGAAGGCGACUUGAAAGGUCCCAAUAUUGACAUAAAAGGUCCUGAGUUGAAUGUUGAAGGUCCAGACGUUGAUCUAGAGACACCAGAUAUCAAAUUGAGAGGCUCUGAAGGAAAAUUCAAAAUGCCCAAAUUUAAUAUGCCAAAAUUUGGUAUGUCAGGGCCAAAAGUGGAAGGACUGAAUGUAGAUGUUAGCUUACCAAAAGGCAAUGUUGAUAUUUCUGGGCCCAGUGUAGAUAUUAAGCCACCUGAAAUUGACAUAGAAGGCCCGGAAGGGAAGUUGAAAGGUCCACAUUUAAAGAUGCCAAAGAUGCCAUCAAUGAAUAUCCAUGCACCAAAAUUAUCCAUGCCAGAUUUUGACUUAAAUCUGAAAGGUCCAAAAGUUGAGGGAGAUUUGAAAGGACCCAAAGGUGAUAUCAAGUGCCCAGAGGUUCACCUUGAUGCCCCUGACAUAGAUGUUGAUGGAAAAGUCAAAGGUCCCAAGUUCGGAUUGCCAUCAAUGCAGUUUCCAAAAAUGUCCAUGCCCGAUGUUGAUUUCAAUCUAAAAGGUCCUAAAAUUGAAGGUGACUUGAAAGGUCCCAAUAUUGACAUAAAAGGUCCUAAGUUAGAUAUUGAAGGUCCAGACAUUGAAUUAGAGACACCAGAUGUCAAUUUAAAAGGCUCUGAAGGAAAAUUCAAAAUGCCCAAAUUUAAAAUGCCCAAAUUUGGUAUGUCGGGGCCAAAAGUGGAAGGACUGGAUGUAGAUUUGAACUUACCAAAAGGCAAUGUUGAUAUUUCUGGGCCAAGGGUAGAUAUUAAGCCACCUGGAAUUGACAUAGAAGGCCCUGAAGGGAAAUUGAAAGGUCCACAUUUAAAGAUGCCAAAGAUGCCAUCAAUGAAUAUCCAUGCACCCAAAUUAUCCAUGCCAGACUUUGACUUAAAUCUGAAAGGUCCAAAAGUUGAGGGAGAUUUGAAAGGACCCAAAGUUGAUAUCAAGUGCCCAGAGGUUAACCUUGAUGCCCCUGACAUAGAUGUUGAUGGAAAAGUCAAAGGGCCCAAGAUCGGACUGCCAUCAAUGCAGUUUCCAAAAAUGUCCAUGCCCAAUGUUGAUCUCAAUCUAAAAGGUCCUAAAAUUGAAGGUGACUUUAAAGGUCCCAAUAUUGACAUAAAAGGUCCUGAGUUGAAUGUUGAAGGUCCAGACGUUGAAUUAGAGACACCAGAUAUCAAUUUGAGAGGCUCUGAAGGAAAAUUCAAAAUGCCCAAAUUUAAUAUGCCAAAAUUUGGUAUGUCAGGGCCAAAAGUGGAAGGACUGGAUGUAGAUUUGAACCUACCAAAGGGCAAUGUUGAUAUUUCUGGGCCCAGUGUAGAUAUUAAGCCACCUGAAAUUGACAUAGAAGGCCCGGAAGGGAAGUUGAAAGGUCCACAUUUCAAGAUGCCAAAGAUGCCAUCAAUGAAUAUCCAUGCACCCAAAUUAUCCAUGCCAGAUUUUGACUUAAAUCUGAAAGGUCCAAAAGUUGAGGGAGAUUUGAAAGGACCCAAAGUUGAUAUCAAGUGCCCAGAGGUUCACCUUGAUGCCCCUGACAUAGAUGUUGAUGGAAAAGUCAAAGGGCCCAAGUUCGGACUGCCAUCAAUGCAGUUUCCAAAAAUGUCCAUGCCCAAUGUUGAUCUCAAUCUAAAAGGUCCUAAAAUUGAAGGUGACUUGAAAGGUCCCAAUAUUGACAUAAAAGGUCCUGAGUUGAAUGUUGAAGGUCCAGACGUUGAUCUAGAGACACCAGAUAUCAAUUUGAGAGGCUCUGAAGGAAAAUUUAAAAUGCCCAAAUUUAAUAUGCCAAAAUUUGGUAUGUCAGGGCCAAAAGUGGAAGGACUGGAUGUAGAUUUGAACCUACCAAAGGGCAAUGUUGAUAUUUCUGGGCCCAGUGUAGAUAUUAAGCCACCUGAAAUUGACAUAGAAGGCCCGGAAGGGAAGUUGAAAGGUCCACAUUUCAAGAUGCCAAAGAUGCCAUCAAUGAAUAUCCAUGCACCCAAAUUAUCCAUGCCAGAUUUUGACUUAAAUCUAAAAGGUCCAAAAGUUGAGGGAGAUUUGAAAGGACCCAAAGCUGAUAUCAAGUGCCCAGAGGUUCACCUUGAUGCCCCUGACAUAGAUGUUGAUGGAAAAGUCAAAGGUCCCAAGUUUGGAUUGCCAUCAAUGCAGUUUCCAAAAAUGUCCAUGCCCGAUGUUGAUUUCAAUCUAAAAGGUCCUAAAAUUGAAGGUGACUUGAAAAGUCCCAAUAUUGACAUAAAAGGUCCUAAGUUAGAUAUUGAAGGUCCAGACAUUGAAUUAGAGUCACCAGAUGUCAAUUUAAAAGGCUCUGAAGGAAAAUUCAAAAUGCCCAAAUUUAAAAUGCCCAAAUUUGGUAUGUCGGGGCCAAAAGUGGAAGGACUGGAUGUAGAUUUGAACUUACCAAAAGGCAAUGUUGAUAUUUCUGGGCCAAGGGUAGAUAUUAAGCCACCUGGAAUUGACAUAGAAGGCCCUGAAGGGAAAUUGAAAGGUCCACAUUUAAAGAUGCCAAAGAUGCCAUCAAUGAAUAUCCAUGCACCAAAAUUAUCCAUGCCAGAUUUUGACUUAAAUCUAAAAGGUCCAAAAGUUGAGGGAGAUUUGAAAGGACCCAAAGGUGAUAUCAAGUGCCCAGAGGUUCACCUUGAUGCCCCUGACAUAGAUGUUGAUGGAAAAGUCAAAGGUCCUAAGUUCGGAUUGCCAUCAAUGCAGUUUCCAAAAAUGUCCAUGCCCGAUGUUGAUUUCAAUCUAAAAGGUCCUAAAAUUGAAGGUGACUUGAAAGGUCCCAAUAUUGACAUAAAAGGUCCUGAGUUGAAUGUUGAAGGUCCAGACGUUGAAUUAGAGACACCAGAUAUCAAUUUGAGAGGCUCUGAAGGAAAAUUCAAAAUGCCCAAAUUUAAUAUGCCAAAAUUUGGUAUGUCUGGGCCAAAAGUGGAAGGACUGGAUGUAGAUUUGAACUUACCAAAAGGCAAUGUUGAUAUUUCUGGGCCAAGUGUAGAUAUUAACACACCUGAAAUUGACAUAGAAGGCCCGGAAGGGAAGUUGAAAGGUCCACAUUUCAAGAUGCCAAAGAUGCCAUCAAUGAAUAUCCAUGCACCAAAAUUAUCCAUGCCAGAUUUUGACUUAAAUCUGAAAGGUCCAAAAGUUGAGGGAAAUUUGAAAGGACCCAAAGGUGAUAUCAAGUGCCCAGAGGUUCACCUUGAUGCCCCUGACAUAGAUGUUGAUGGAAAAGUCAAAGGUCCCAAGUUCGGAUUGCCAUCAAUGCAGUUUCCAAAAAUGUCCAUGCCUGAUGUUGAUUUCAAUCUAAAAGGUCCUAAAAUUGAAGGCGACUUGAAAGGUCCCAAUAUUGACAUAAAAGGUCCUGAGUUAGAUAUUGAAGGUCCAGACAUUGAAUUAGAGACACCAGAUGUCAAUUUAAAAGGCUCUGAAGGAAAAUUCAAAAUGCCCAAAUUUAAAAUGCCCAAAUUUGGUAUGUCGGGGCCAAAAGUGGAAGGACUGGAUGUAGAUUUGAACUUACCAAAAGGCAAUGUUGAUAUUUCUGGGCCAAGUGUAGAUAUUAAGCCACCUGAAAUUGACAUAGAAGGCCCUGAAGGGAAAUUGAAAGGUCCACAUUUAAAGAUGCCAAAGAUGCCAUCAAUGAAUAUCCAUGCACCAAAAUUAUCCAUGCCAGAUUUUGACUUAAAUCUAAAAGGUCCAAAAGUUGAGGGAGAUUUUAAAGGACCCAAAGGUGAUAUCAAGUGCCCAGAGGUUCACCUUGAUGCCCCUGACAUAGAUGUUGAUGGAAAAGUCAAAGGUCCCAAGUUCGGAUUGCCAUCAAUGCAGUUUCCAAAAAUGUCCAUGCCCGAUGUUGAUUUCAAUCUAAAAGGUCCUAAAAUUGAAGGUGACUUGAAAGGUCCCAAUAUUGACAUAAAAGGUCCUGAGUUAGAUAUUGAAGGUCCAGACAUUGAAUUAGAGACACCAGAUGUCAAUUUAAAAGGCUCUGAAGGAAAAUUCAAAAUGCCCAAAUUUAAAAUGCCUAAAUUUGGUAUGUCAGGGCCAAAAGUGGAAGGACUGAAUGUAGAUGUUAGCUUACCAAAAGGCAAUGUUGAUGUUUCUGGCCCAAGUGUAGAUAUUAAGCCACCUGAAAUUGACAUAGAAGGCCCUGAAGGGAAAUUGAAAGGUCCACAUUUAAAGAUGCCAAAGAUGCCAUCAAUGAAUAUCCAUGCACCAAAAUUAUCCAUGCCAGAUUUUGACUUAACUCUGAAAGGUCCAAAAGUUGAGGGAGAUUUGAAAGGACCCAAAGGUGAUAUCAAGUGCCCAGAGGUUCACCUUGAUGCCCCUGACAUAGAUGUUGAUGGAAAAGUCAAAGGUCCCCAUUUCGGAUUGCCAUCAAUGCAGUUUCCAAAAAUGUCCAUGCCCGAUGUUGAUUUCAAUCUAAAAGGUCCUAAAAUUGAAGGUGACUUGAAAGGUCCCAAUAUUGACAUAAAAGGUCCUGAGUUAGAUAUUGAAGGUCCAGACAUUGAAUUAGAGACACCAGAUGUCAAUUUAAAAGGCUCUGAAGGAAAAUUCAAAAUGCCCAAAUUUAAAAUGCCCAAAUUUGGUAUGUCGGGGCCAAAAGUGGAAGGACUGGAUGUAGAUUUGAACUUACCAAAAGGCAAUGUUGAUAUUUCUGGGCCAAGUGUAGAUAUUAACCCACCUGAAAUUGACAUAGAAGGCCCGGAAGGGAAGUUGAAAGGUCCACAUUUAAAGAUGCCAAAGAUGCUAUCAAUGAAUAUCCAUGCACCAAAAUUAUCCAUGCCAGAUUUUGACUUAACUCUGAAAGGUCCAAAAGUUGAGGGAGAUUUGAAAGGACCCAAAGGUGAUAUCAAGUGCCCAGAGGUUCACCUUGAUGCCCCUGACAUAGAUGUUGAUGGAAAAGUCAAAGGUCCCCAUUUCGGAUUGCCAUCAAUGCAGUUUCCAAAAAUGUCCAUGCCCGAUGUUGAUUUCAAUCUAAAAGGUCCUAAAAUUGAAGGUGACUUGAAAGGUCCCAAUAUUGACAUAAAAGGUCCUGAGUUAGAUAUUGAAGGUCCAGACAUUGAAUUAGAGACACCAGAUGUCAAUUUAAAAGGCUCUGAAGGAAAAUUUAAAAUGCCCAAAUUUAAUAUGCCCAAAUUUGGUAUGUCAGGGCCAAAAGUGGAAGGACUGAAUGUAGAUGUUAGCUUACCAAAAGGCAAUGUUGAUGUUUCUGGCCCAAGUGUAGAUAUUAAGUCACCUGAAAUUGACAUAGAAGGCCCGGAAGGGAAGUUGAAAGGUCCACAUUUAAAGAUGCCAAAGAUGCCAUCAAUGAAUAUCCAUGCACCAAAAUUAUCCAUGCCAGAUUUUGACUUAAAUCUGAAAGGUCCAAAAGUUGAGGGAGAUUUGAAAGGACCCAAAGUUAAUAUCAAGGGCCCAGAAAUUGACCUUGAUGUUCCUGAAAUAGAUGUUGAUGGAAAAGUAAAAGGUCCCAACCUUGAAGGAGACUUAAAAGUUCCUAAUAUUAACAUAAAGGGUCCAAAAUUGGAUGCUGAGGCUCCAGAUGUUGAUUUACAGAUACCAGAUGUAAAUUUGAAAGGCUCAGAAGGAAAGCUUAAAAUGCCUAAAUUUAAACUGCCCAAAUUUGAUAUCUCUGGUCCAAAGGGGAGGUUAGAUGUAGAUGUUAGCCCACCUAAAGGACAUGUUGCUAUAUCAGGAGAUCUAGCCCUAUCUAGUCCUAAGAUUGAGACGGCACUACCAGAGGUGGAAUUUGAGGCUCCUGAUGGUAAGAUAAAAGGAUCAAAAUUUAAGAAGCCUUCACUGAACCUACCAGAUGUAUCAAUGCCAGAAAUAAGUUUGAAAGGACCCAAAAUUAAAGGGGAUGUAGAUCUUUCUGGUCCAAAGCUAGAAGGAGAUGUAUCUCUGAAGAAUCCAAAUCUAAAGGGAGAUUUUUAUGUCACUGGACCACAGUUAGGAGACCUAAAAAGCUCAGAAAUUGAUGUAGAUAUUGAUUUACCUGAGGGUAAUUUAAAAAUACCAAAAGCUAAGAAACCAAAGUUUGGUUUUGGCAUUAAGUCACCUAAAGCAGAAGUCAAAUCCCCUUCUGUAGAUGUUUCUGUUCCCGAUGUAGAUUUUGAUUCUGAAAUACCUGAUGUAAGUGUGAGUGGUAAGGGGAAAAAGGGAAAAUUUAAAAUGCCAAAAAUUCACAUGAGUGGCCCAAAAAUAAAAGGCAAAAAGGGUGGUUUUGAUGUAAGCACACCUAAUAUGGAUAAUGACCUAAAUCUUAAUGCACCUGAUGUGGAUUUAAAUUUGCCAGGUGGCGAUUUAGACGUAAAGACAGAAAUUGGCUUGAAAGCUCAUAAAACCCGAAAACCAUUGUUUGGAAAACUUCAUUUUCCUGAUGUGGAGUUUGAUAUAAAGUCUCCAAAAUUAAAGGGAGAUGGUUCUCUUCAAAGCCCUAAAGCAGACAUAAAGACUCCAGAUUUAGAUAUUGGUGGUGGAGUAAAGAUGCCGGAAGCUGAUUUAACAACUUCAGGAGUUAGCAUUGAAGGUCCUGAUAUAAAGAUGAAGAAAAACAAAUUUAAACUUCCAGGUUUCGGUAUGUCAGGCCCAAAAGUAGAAGUGCCAGAUGCAGAUCUUUUGCUUUCUAAAGGAAGUGUUGACCUAUCUGGCCCAAAAAUUUACGUAGCAGCCCCUAAUCUAGAUGUCAAAACUGGUGCAAUGAGUAGUAACAGUAAGUUACCCAGUCUUUCUGCUGACAUGUCUGCACCCAAAAUUUCUGUUCCAGACAUUGAUUUGAAUUUGCAAGGACCAAACGUUAAGGCAGAUAAGGUAGGCUCUGUUGACCUAAAUCCUCCCAACAUAGACACUUCUGGCGUAAGUGGCAAAUUUAAUGUGCCAGAAUUUGGUAUUUCAGGCCUCCCCCGAGGUGGAGCUGAUGUUAAUUUUGACACAACAUUCAAAACUGCAAAGCUAGAUUCUAGCUUCCAAGGCCCUUCCAUUACAACUUCUGCAACUGACAUCACUUUUCCAAAAGUAACUGGGUCAAACCUUGGCAUCAGUUUGAGAGAACCAAAAAUUGAAGGAAAUUUUGGAAGUUCACCUGGAGUCGAUUUACCAAGUGUUAAUGUGAAAGGUAUUGGCAUACAGGCUGGAUUAUCUGGUCAACAAUUGCAAUUACAAGGGCCCCAGGUAAGGUUACCUAAAGGGGACUUUUCUGUAUCUAAACCAGAAGCUGAUAUUUCUGGUAAAGAUGUAGCUUUAGACAUCAAUAUAAAAGGAACUUCAUUUCAGACAUCGCCUGGAAGUAAAUUUUCUGCUCCAGGAAUUAAUGUUAAUGGGCAAGGUAUAGAUUUGAAAGGAGACCUGUUAGGUGGUGUAGGAUACUUCAAAGGGGCAGAUCGUCUGAGAAUAGAAGGGACACAAGUAGAGGGUGAUCUGAUUGGUCAUAAAGUUGAAGGAGGGUUGAAUGUGACACCAAUAGAUAUGAAUUUAGAAAGUUCUACUGGUAAAAUAACGUUUCCCAGACUUUUGAUGCCAAAAUUUUCAGCUUCUGGACUUGAGCUAUCAGGAAGGGAGGUGGGGGUUGAUGUAGAUUUUCCUUCUUCAGAUGUGAAGUUUGUAAAGUCUGGUCAGGCAGAUGUGGAUUUAGAGGAAAGUGACAUAAAAGUCAAAAAGUCUAAAAUAAAAAUGCCAAAGUUGAACUUUAGAUCCAAAGGAAAGGGUGAUACUAGUCUCCCAGAUGUUUCGAUGUCUGGGUCAAAGGGUGACCUUCAAAGUUCAAAGGUCACUUUAGGUUCUGCUGAAGGAGGAUUAGGGUCUGCUAAUCUUGAGGUGGAGAAACCUGCAAAGUAUGAGUUUUCUCUGUUUACCAGCAAAAAGACAAGACAUAGAUCUUCAUCUUUAAGUGAGGAGAAGGAUGAAUCAACACAUUCAUCACCUAGUGGCACAUUAGAAGCAGGAGGUUCACUAGCUGUAGAGGGGGGUAAAAAGAAGGGAAAGCAUUCGAAGAUCAAAUUUGGCACAUUUGGUGGCUUGGGAUCUAAAUCAAAGGGUUCUUAUGAGGUCACUUUAAGUGAUGAUGAAAAUAUCCAAGGAAGUGGAGCUUCUCUCUCUUCCCGUAAGUCCAGAGUGUCUUCAUCAUCAAGCAACGAUAGUGCAACAAAAGCAGGUGUCCGUCUUCCUAAAGUGGAACUCACUGUUGCUAAAAAGAAAGAAUAGGACUCCUCUUUAAGCCUAACAUGUAUAUAAAUAUAUAUAUCUGUGUGUUUGUACAUACAUUUAGCAGCCUUUAUAUGAUGAUAAUUCUUUAAGUAAACAGUAGAGCUAAAAACAGACAAUUGUCUAAUAAAUUUCAUGCGCAUAUUAAACCUUUCACUACCUAACCAAUUUUACAUGUAAACAUGACUGGCAGUGAAUGGUUUAAUGGUCUGCUAAGAGUAUAAGAAUUUGUACAUGGAAAUAUAUUUUCCAUAUUAUUUUUUUAACUUGCUUUUACAGUUUGUUUUCUUUUGUGGGGCUUUACAUAGAUGCAAGCAGAUUUAUUAAGACAAAAACACUGUAAAUUGCAUUGAACCAGAUGGACAGCUGAAGUUCAGGGAAUUCUUAGAAAUAUAAAUGAUAACACAAAACUAUGUAAACCUUAAAAAAUUAUUCUAAUGCGGUUUUUACAGUUUUAUAGUCAAAAUUACACAAAAAAUAACAAUGUUUAAAAUUUGUCUUGUUUAUAAAUUUGGGAUUUUGCCAAGUAGUCAGGCUGAUACAUAUUUUUAAAGAUUACAUUGAACUUGUCAUCCCUCUCUUCAGCAGCCAAUUGUUAAAUGUUUUUUUUAAUCUGUACUAUAAGAAUUUCUUCUAUUGUCAUACCUAAACUGCCGCUUGGUGGACAUAAACAAGAUUUGCUUUUAUUUCUAGCAAAUAUAUGAUUUCAAAUAAAACUGUAACUUCAGAAAUCUGUAAGCACUUCAUUAAGAAAUGUGUUACGGUGGAUUGUUCAAGUCAAAAUAAAGCUUCUAACCUUUAUAAAAA